GAAGAUACACUCCCAGAUAGUAGUGCAGUACUGGUAGUAGAGCUAGGAAAGUUCGAUGGCGUGCAGUAGAGCAAUGGUAGCCAUGAUAGGACUCGUCGUCGCCGCGCUGCUCUUCCCAGCAGCUUUGUCAUCCACGCGGCCGGAUCAGCUUAUCUCCAUGACUACCGAUGGCCAGUACCAUAGUACACGUCCAGUAGUGACCAUAGCCGACGGUCUCACUGCGGACUACCAUGACGUGUCGUGCCCCGAUCUGCGGGGCAUCGUGCGCACCGCCGUGGUAGAAGCCGUACAGGGAGAUAUCACCAUCGCCGCUGACCUCCUCCGUAUGUUCUUCCACGACUGCUUCCCGCAGGGAUGCGAUGCGUCAAUUCUUUUGCUGGGAACUCCAUGGAGUGAGAUGAGAAUGCCGCCGAACCUCUCUCUAGAUAUCAGGCGGAAAGUGGCGUUCCUCAUGGAAGACAUCCGCGCCAAGGUGCACGAAGCCUGUGGACCCACCGUCUCCUGCGCCGACAUCAUGGCCCUUGCCACUCACGACGCCGUUGUAGCGUCAGGUGGCAAACCCUACCAUGUGCCACUCGGUAGGCUUGACAGCUUCGAGCCCGCGCCGCUGAGGUUUGUCGAGGAGCUCCCGCCCCCCACCUUCAGCAUUGACCAACUUAUAGCUGCCUUCAGAAGCCGCAGCCUCGACGAGAAAGACCUCGUGGUGCUCUCUGGUGCGCAUACCAUUGGGAAAGCUCGUUGCGCCACCUUCAGCGACCGUUUCCCCAACUCCGACUCUGAUGACUUUGUUCGAAGGCUACAAGAUAACUGCACCACCGACGUGAACCGCCGUCAGGACCUCGAUGUUACCACCCCGGAAAAGUUCGACAACAAGUACUACAUCAACCUCAAGCAGGGGAAGGGGGUUCUUACCUCCGAUGUGCAGCUCCUCCUCAACAAGACUACCCGAGGAUACGUGAACGACUUUGCCGACAAUGAGUGGUGGUUCUGGAACCAGUUCGGCAGCUCCAUGAGCAAGAUGGGGAUGCUCCAGGGACCUCAAGGGAACGUCGGCCGCAUCCGCCAGCAGUGCUACUAGUCUCAUCGUGCGUCCAACCUAGGAGGUGUUUGCUGCCUGCGUUCUGCUUCCUUCAGAUGGGAUCGUUUUUUUUUAUGUUCAAAAUAAGAGGAGAUCACAUAGUAACUAUGUUGAAGACGACUGUUAAUUUCCUUGUAAUAAGGAGUAGCAGCCUGGCUCUACCCCUUUAUCACACGAAAUUUACUACUUCUAGUA